AGGUCUGGUUACUGUGAAUAUUAUGUCAAGGUGUGGGUUUUGCUUAAACUGUCUGUUAUAAUCAUUGCAAACACGGCUGCAACGCAAGACGAUCGUGCUUUCAAAAACUGCUAAAGGAUUUCCUUUACUGAGUACCAGAUUUUUGCGCGCUUGCAGCCAUUAAAGAAAUGACUUCACCGAAUAAAUAUCGUCUUAUACAGGUUUUGGCUUUCUGUAUUUUUGUCAUCAACGUUGAUUCAACAUGCAGACAACGAUGUAAACUUAGUCUUGAGCAACAAGGAUACAAAACGUGCGUUAAAGCAGGUACAAAAUGCAAAAAAGGCCCUAGCGGAAUAGAAAGAUGUUACGAAAAGGAACCUGUUGUAGUAAAGUCCGCUACGUUCAAAAGUUCUUCUGUGGAAGGCGAAGCCUAUGAGCCAUCCAACAUUUUUGAUGGUGACAUGAAUACUUUUUGGGCGAGCGAAUUUGGCGAAGAGAAACCUUUUAUCGAGAUCACCUUUGCGGAAGAAUAUGUGAUAUGUUCAUAUAUUAUUAAAGGAUUAAACAUUGAUAUGGUUUUUUCAAAUGCUGGCAGAUUAACACAUUUUGAAAUGUCUGUGGACGACAUUAUGCUACCAGAAUCUUCAUAUACAUACAACAGUGAAGCUAACAUUGUCACAGUUACUGGACCUGAAAAAAGCGUGAAGAAGAUAAAGUUAAUGCGUUUCAAGCCACCAAAUUUGGCUGGCGAAUGGGGCUUAGCUGUAGUUGAAUUAGAACUUUAUGUUUGAUUAUAAGGAUAAGUUAUUAGAUAAUGUUAAGGAUAAAUUGUUAUAUCAAACGUCAAUAAUGAUAUUGUGGUUGACAGUGCAUAAUUCAAUUAAAACCGAAAAACCCGGUUAUUUAUCCAUGAAUUCAAUUUAUUUAAUCAUUUAUUGAAAACUUCAUGUAAAAACACUAUAUUGAUGCGAAACACAAAGUGAAUACUAAAUUAGUGUAUGAUACUACAAUAUGUAUCCGAUAAGCACGAGGCUUUUCUUUUUUAAUGCAUUCGUCAUAAAAUUGGUGGGACAUAAAGUGUUACCCUGUGCCGUCUUACCGAUCUCCCGCAGUUUCGUUAUUCUGUCAUGAUGAUGAGUGACAUUACAAAAAUGACCACAAAACGUAGAGAAAAUUUACAUCACAUAAAAGAUGACUUGUUUAUUUUAUAGAUAUAUUAAAACCUUAUGGCGAGGUCAGACACACACAUAUAUACGUUUUCAAUGUUUUCAAAAACGCAUGUAUAUCGAUCAAUUUACAUUUUAGCACAUACGUAUUCAUAUAUAUGUAUAGCAUUGUGCACAAUUAUACACGGCAUUUAAGGCUUCCACAACAUUUUUUUUUGGUGAAAAGUGUUUUCUUGGAAUAUUCUAUCUAUAAUGUCAAAAAAAUUGACUGUAUGCUCCUUGUUGACAUCUCUACAAUUUUGAUUCUUUUGAGAAGUUUAUUAAAAUCAUUAUAUUUCGUUCAUUAUUUUAAUAACAGCUGCACGCAUUCAACUGAAAUUUUACACAUGGAUUUAUCAUACUUCCAUUAGGAAAAUGUAGGACAAGCUCGAAUUAAGUCACGGUCCUACAAUUUCUGACUUAUGCUUUUUGAAGAAAUUUUCAGUUUCCUUUCAUUAUAUCCCCAACAGUUGUACACAACUCAAUUUUGACAUAUGAAUAGGUCAAAGGGUAAAAGUCGCAGGUCAACUUCGAAUUUAGGAAUUUAGUCAUGUUUCAAUAAUUUUGGCAGAGUACUGCCACUUUGAAUUUAAAAAAUAAGACAAUUUUAGUUUCCGUUCAUUAUCUACUAACCAGUUCUCAAAUUGAAAACAUGUAUAUGUCAUUGGCAUGUGCAAAUCAAGUUUGAAUUUUGUCAUGUUUUUUUUCUGUUUUUCUUUUUUCUUUUUUUCUUUUUUUUUUUCGUUAUUCCCUUUUAUUUUGAAGAAAAAGGAUAUUUUGAGUGUAUUUUCAUUAUCUCUGAAGGAGUUGUACACAAUCAACAAAAAUUUGACAAAUGGAUGUGUCAUAAGAAAGCGCAUAUCAUGUUUGAAUUUGGGCAUGAUAUUUUGCCCUUCUGAGCUUGAUGAUAAAAUAAUAUCGGUACGUCAAGAAAAAUGCACAUAUUACGUUCGAAUUUGGCCAUGCCUAAAUAAUUAAAAGCAGAAUUAUGUCCCUUUAACUUUGAAAUAAAAGGGGAAAUAUUCCGCUUCCAUAUAUGUUCUUCCCAACAGUUGAACAUAUUCAACUUUUUUUUAAAUAUUGUUACGUCAUAGAAAUAUGUAGUUCAAAUUCGAAUUUACUCAUGGUUUGAUAAGUUUUGCAGAAGUAUGUCCCUUUAAUUUUGGAAGAAUUACGAAAUUUCCAGUUUUCAUUUAUUAUCUCUCCACCCCAACAGUUGUUCACAGUCAACUAUGGAUUCAACAUAUAGAUACGUCAAAGGAUUGCGCAGCUCAUGUUUGAAUAUCAUUAUGAUUUAAUGUUUGUAUGCACAGUAAUGUCCCUUUAACUUUAAACUAAACAAACAACAACAAAUGUUCAGUUUCCAUCCAUUUUCUUCCCCACUGUUGUACAUAUUCAACCCUUAUUUAAUAUAUAUUAAAAUAACUUAUCCCUCUUAAACUUUGAAAAAGAAAUUUUUCGGUGGAUAUCUGUUCAUUUUCUCUUAAACAUUGUACACAUUCAACUAAAAUGUGACAUAUACGUAGAUACGUCAAAGGUAUAAGCAGGCCAAGUUUAAAUUUUGUCAUUGUUCGAUGCUUUAGUCCCCGAACACUCAAUUUUAAUGAAUGAAUAUAUAUGUAUAAGGUUGGAAUCGCAUGUGCAGGUAUUCAUUUAUAAAAUAUAUGUCAAGUACGUAAUGGUUUCAGUCCGAUGAUUUUUGACAAUAUUAACCUUCUUGAUCAUAGAAAAAAAGAAAUUUUCAGUUUCUGCUCUAACUAUUGUAGGAUUGAUGUCUGAGAUUGACAUUGCAUGUGCUUGUAUUUUACAAGGAAAUACAUGUUCUAAUUUGGUUAUGACAAAAUGUUUUUUGACAGUUUUCCCCCUUGAACUUGGAAAAUAUUUAAAAGUUCACAAUUUCUAAUCAUUAGCUCGGCUUCAAAUAUGCAAAAUGCAAUUUGAAAAAUAGGUUUAUUCAUUUUUCGUGCCGAGUGUUGACUAAUUUUAUUAUGUCAUACAUUAUUGGUAUUCUAUUUAUCAUGUUUCAAUUUUUAAUAUGUUGUUCUUUCUUUAAAUUCAAAUUAUAACAAUUAUCUGUAAAAAACCUGUCAGUAAUAAGUCCAGGGUAUUAUCUAUAAGAACAAGUCCAAAAUGUUUUAAUGAAAUGUAAAAUUGAAAAUAUCUUUUCUAUUCAAAGUUUUAUCAGUUUAAUACUUUAAAACAAGUUAGAAGUAACAAUAAUCAUUGUCAACAUUUUAUUAAUAUAUUUAUUGAUGAGAUGACUUAAAAAGCUUAGGAGGCACUAAUAAA